AUGAAUGUAGAGACACGUAUCUCUACAAUCAAAAUAUAUGGUUAUUGCUAUAAAUGCUUGGCCAUAUCACAUAGCUACAAGAACUGUGUGAAAAAAUCCAGCUUUCGACCUGAAUCCACUCCGGAAAUACCAAACGUCACUAGUUCGAACCCUGGAAACGCUUCAAGUACCGCACUACCCACCCAAAGCACAAAUACAAAUCGGCAAGGCUACACUACAACUAUACAGUCCACUAAAUCAUCAAUCCAAGACCCACCCAACCCAAGUAGGAAGCAGAUAUUACUCGGUACUGCAAUGGUUCAAAUAGAACAUAGUGGCCAGCGAUAUUCCGAGAGAGCUCUUAUUGAUUCAGGAUCGGAAGCCACAUUUAUAUCUCGAAGACUUCAGAGAAGUUUGGAUAUACCCACCCACUCUGUAUCAGCCCAAGUGACCGGACUAAACAAUGCAGUUUCAGCAAAACCAACGAAUAUUUGUGAAAUCACGCUUUGCUCACCCUUAAACACAAAUUAUAAGGUAUCAGCACAGGUAUUUAUUCUAAAUAGCCUAACUGAUAAUUUACCCUCAUACCCCUUGGAUCCAAUGCAGUGUCUUAAAAAUCUUGGAUUCACUUUAGCCGACACCCAAUUUCACAAACCCAGACCCGUGGAUAUAUUAAUCGGUAGUGAUAUCUAUUCAAGUAUUUUACUCAAUGGAGUAAAGAGAAACGUACUAGGUUCACUCUUAGCUCAAGAGACAGAAUUCGGAUGGAUAUUGUCCGGACCCAUAACUCAACCCUCCCAAAAUUCCGCCAUAGUCUCAUUUCACAAUAAAGUGAACCCUGAGAAUCUACUCACACGUUUUUGGGAGGUCGAGGAAAUCCCAAAAGAAUCCGUAGUUUCCAAAUCGGACCAAAUUUGUGAGGAAAUUUUCCAAAAAACUACCCGUCGUAAUCCAGAUGGGCGCUAUAUAGUAACCCUACCCUUCAAAGAACCCGACAAUAUUGAUAUCGGAUACUCUAAACAUAUAGCGUUGGCCCAAUUCCUCAGAAAUGAACGAGCUUUACUUAAAAAACCCGAAGUGAAAGCCGAAUAUGACAAAGCAAUUAUGGAAUAUUUGGAACUCGGACAAAUGAAGAAAGUAGAAUAUGACCCUUCUGGUAAAGCGACCCAGUAUUACUUACCACACCACGCAAUCAUUAAACCCGAUCGUAUAACCACGAAAUUGCGUGUGCGAUCCGUAGUUAUGAAGUUAGCCGAUGAUAUAGAAGAAACCCACCUAUUAGCAGCCAAAAUACUUCGCCAGGAAAUGUAUGUAGACGAUGUUUUAGCUGGAACACAUGACCUGACCACGGCAAAGUCAGAACGAGAUGAACUCAUUUCCGCUCUGAAGUCCCCAGGAUUCGCUCUGCGCAAAUGGACCUCCAAUGACCCACACAUUCUGAAAAGACUUCCACAGGAUCAUCUUUUAGAGACGGAAACACUCAACCUUUCGGAACCCGAGAACACCAAAACCCUGGGCAUUCGAUGGAACUCCAAAAAGGAUUCAUUUUUCUUCCUCGUCAACCCAAUGGAGAAAAAACCCGCACACACUAAACGUGAAGUUUUAUCAGCCAUAGCAAAAUUGUUUGACCCAGUCGGUUGGCUUAGUCCAAUAAUAAUCACGGCAAAAAUAAUUAUGCAACAAAUAUGGCUAGAUAAAACUGACUGGGAUGAAAGCCUGAAGCCCCUCACCCUUCAUCGAUGGAACAGUUUCGUGAAGGAUUAUGAAAACAUAAAUAAAAUUGAAAUACCCAGAUGGACCAUUUUCAACCCAACAGCCACCAUCGAAUUCCACGGUUUCUCUGAUGCUUCAGAAAAAGCAUAUGCCGCGACACUUUAUAUAAGGAUUUUAGUUGGACACAAAAUAUGGACAACUCUCUUAGUGUCAAAAAUAAGAGUUGCUCCCAUUAAAACCGUAUCCCUACCCAGAUUGGAACUCUACGGAGCGGUUCUACUAGCUAACCUUGUGAACUCCACCCUAUCCCAACUACACCUAACCCAAUAUAAAAAUUAUUUUUGGACUGACUCAACCAUAGUUCUCGCUUGGUUAAACAAACCACCCUGCUCAUGGACCACCUUUGCAAUCACCGAGAAAGUGGGAGUCGAUAAUUGGAACCAUGUGGAAAGCCAAGACAAUCCCGCAGACUUGGCAAGCCGAGGUUGUACACCCACCGAUCUAUUGAAUUGCAACCUCUGGUGGCAUGGACCCCAAUGGCUACAACAUGAAAAGGAGCAUUUCCCAGCAACGGAGAAAACAUACAACACUACAAUGGAAUUCAAACCCGUUAAGACGUUUGCGAUAACCACCGAAGAGGAUAUACUCGAAAGGUUUUCCUCAUUCUCCAGAGCUAUUCGCGUUAUCGCUUACUUAUUCAGGUUUUGCGCAAAUGCCUCACCAAGGAGACAAGAAACUGAUUACUCAUGCCAUGAAAUAACCCCGGAAGAGUUCAAAACAACUCGAAUGAAGUUAAUCAUUCACACCCAAAAAACACAUUUCAGAGAAGAAUAUGAUGCAUUGACCCGAAAAACCCAAAUACGUAAGAAAAGUUCAUUAUUGACUUUAAAUCCAUUCAUUGACCCUAAAGGAGUUAUGCGAAGUGACGGAAGAUUAACCAAUUCCGCAGCACUAUCAUAUAAUGAGCGCCACCCUAUUUUAUUACCCUAUAAUAGUCGUAUAACAAAAUUAUUAACUCAAUUUACCCAUGUAGCAACGUUACACGGCGGAGAUCAGCUAGUUCUUCGACUCCUAAGAACAGAAUUCUGGAUACCCAAAGCAAAGAUGCUGAUUAAAACAAUAAUUCAUCAAUGCAAAACGUGCAUCAUACACAACAAGGCUCAACAAACCCAAAUAAUGGAAGCUCUUCCAAAUUAACGAACCAUCCUAACCCGGCCGUUUGCUGCCACUGGUAUCGACUUUGCUGGACCCUAUGACAUCAAAAACUACACUGGGAGAGCAUGUUUAAUCACCAAAGGAUAUAUAUGUGAAUUUGUAUGCUUCUCAACUAAAGCAAUACAUCUCGAACCCGUUAGCGAUCUGACUAUGCAAGCCUUCCUAGCAGCAUUUUCCCGUUUCUUCUCGAGGCGUGGAUGCCCCGCCAAUCUUUAUUCCGACAACGGAACAAACUUUAUAGGAGCUUCACAGUUGCUAAUGAAAGAUCGGCGUGAAUUAUUACAGACACUUCGAACUCAAAUUACAUCUCUCCAUGUCAUAAAAAUAUCUCAUGGCACUUCAACCCACCAGGAGCUCAACAUAUGGGUGGAUUAUGGGAAGCAGGCGUAAAAAGUCUAAAAACCCACCUAAAAAAGAUUGCAAAAUUACAAAAAUUCACGUUUGAAGAAUUUGCUACCCUAUUGACCCGCAUUGAAAGUUGUUUAAACUCUCGGCCAAUAAGCCCCAUAAGCGACGACUCAUCAAACUUGGAACCUCUAACUCCAGGACACUGAUAUUAAGUUCAGAAUAACUUAAAAGUUUUCUCUUCUUUUUUAGUGAAAUGGCACCAACAAUCACCAACUCACCCAAACCUCGUCGUAUAAGCUCAGCAAUUGCCAUCCGGUCCCGUAGCGCAACCCGUAGCAUUACACCGAUUUCGGAAGACGAAACGAUGUCACGACGCAUUCAACGUUUCAAGUCGACCCUUCCAACGAUUGGCGAGGAAAAGGAACGUGAAAAACGAAGAACGAUCUCACAUAAAAGAAAAAAUACGUCACCCCGUCAUGUCGCUUGCGGCAUAUGCAAAAAAGACCACCGUCUAGUGACUUGCGCUACGUACUCGGGAUACAAUAUAAGCAAAAAAUACGAAGCAGUAAUAAAACACCACUACUGCGUUAAUUGCUUAGCCAGGUCGCACAAGACAGAAGGAUGCACAAGCAAAAAUCGAUGUUCCACUUGUCAUGGGAAACAUCAUUCAUCCCUACACGGACAUCCGAGGCUAUACCCGGCCUACGAUGCAAAUAUUGUUGAGAAACAUCCACUUGCGAUAGAGACCCGACUACCAUCCUUACUGGCUAAGCAGACCCUAUUACCCAAACUGAAGAUCCGUUUAAGAUGCGAUGGUGAAUGGUAUAAAGUUCGAGCCAUUUUGAAUCCUACCCUAAAAAUAACAAAUAUAGCGGCCGAACUCGUUAAAAAAUUAAAACUGCCAAUUACAUACCUCAACACCUAACGCAAUUAUAACACACAAGUUACCCAAAAAACCAUUUGAGCGAGACUUAAGUGACGAUGUGCAAAUGCGCUUCGAACACUUAGUUCUCGCUGACCCUCAAUUCUAUAGUAACAAAGAGAUAACGUUGGAGAUUGGAGCGGAUAUCUACCCACAAAUUAUUAGAAGUGGACUCUUCAAACCCGACAAUAGUACAGUGGUAGCGCAGAAUACAGCAUUUGGCUGGACCCUUACUGGCACCA